GAAUGUCAGAACGUAUAAAAGAGCUUCCAGUUUUCACCUGCAUAUCAUUUUUCCGUGUAAAGACGGUUUUAAAAUAUAUUUUAAUUCUGCAAUUAAAUUACGCACUUUUGCCGGUUUUGCCUUUGUGAUUCUUUAAACUGUUUGAAGCUACUCUUGGAAAAUAUGUCUAAUCGUGACGCAGCCACAAACCAACUAAUCGACUAUAAAAAUAAUUUGUCGAAACCUCCUGGCACAAUUACGACAGGAGCUGGGAAUCCUGUUGGUAUUAAGGAUGCCACGCUGACUGUGGGGCCAAGGGGUCCAGUAUUGUUGCAGGAUGUCAAGUUUUUAGAUGAAAUGGCUGCUUUCGACCGUGAACGUAUACCAGAGCGUGUUGUUCAUGCCAAAGGUGCCGGUGCAUUUGGAUAUUUUGAAGUAACACAUGAUAUUACAAAAUAUUGCGCGGCUAAGGUAUUUGAGAAGGUACAUAAACGUACGCCGAUUGCUGUGCGUUUUUCCACUGUGGGUGGAGAAAGUGGAUCAGCUGAUACCGCUCGUGAUCCACGCGGUUUUGCUGUAAAAUUUUAUACUGAAGACGGUAUUUGGGAUUUGGUGGGCAAUAACACACCCAUUUUCUUUAUUCGCGAUCCGAUUUUGUUCCCCAGCUUUAUCCACACCCAGAAGCGUAAUCCGCAAACUCAUUUGAAAGAUCCUGAUAUGUUCUGGGACUUUUUAACUCUUCGGCCGGAAAGUACUCACCAGGUGUCCUUUUUGUUUGGCGAUCGAGGUAUUCCCGAUGGUUAUCGCCAUAUGAAUGGUUAUGGUUCUCAUACCUUCAAGUUGGUAAAUUGCAAAGGUGAGCCUAUCUAUGCCAAGUUUCACUACAAAACUGAUCAAGGAAUCAAGAAUCUCGACCCUAAGAUUGCUCAAGAGUUGGCAGCAACUGAUCCAGAUUAUAGUAUUCGUGAUCUAUACAAUGCUAUUAAGAAUGGCAAUUAUCCCAGUUGGACAUGGUAUCUGCAAGUGAUGACAUUUGACCAAGCUAAGAAAUUUAAAUAUAAUCCUUUUGAUGUGACAAAAGUGUGGAGCCAUAAGGAUUUCCCACUUAUCCAAUUUGGCAAGAUGGUACUUGAUAGAAAUCCGACCAAUUACUUUGCUGAAGUUGAACAAAUUGCCUUUAGUCCAGCGCAUUUGGUCCCAGGCAUCGAACCAUCACCAGAUAAGAUGUUGCAAGGUCGACUUUUCUCGUACUCCGAUACACAUAGACAUCGUUUGGGCCCUAAUUAUUUGCAGAUCCCGGUGAAUUGUCCUUAUCGUGUUAGUGUAACUAACUAUCAACGCGAUGGCGCAAUGCGUGUUAACGAUAAUCAAGGUGGUGCUCCUAAUUAUUUCCCGAACUCGUUUUCUGGACCAGACGAAAGUGCUCGUGCAAAGAGCCUUAUGCCGUGUUGCCCUGUGCAGGGCGAGGUUUAUCGCUUCACCAGCGGCUUCACCGAGGAUAACUACAGCCAGGUGACAGAUUUUUGGGUUUAUGUUUUAGAUGAGAAAGCACGUCAGCGUUUGGUAGCUAAUAUUGUAGACAAUUUGAGUAAUGCCAGUCAAUUUAUUCAGGAGCGCGCUGUUAAGAACUUUACUUUAGUUCAUGCUGACUUUGGUAGAAUGCUUACUGAAGGUUUAAACCUGGCCAAAUCUGCCAAAAUUUAAAGAACUAAAAUUUUCAUUGUAUCUGCAUUGUUUUCACUUUUUACAUUGUUAUACAUGUAAUAACCACUUGUUUUGAGGUUACGGGUCGUUUUGAGAAACUUGUUCUUGAAAUAUUAUUACUACAUCAAGGGCUGUUAUCCAGUCUGCCAAAUGGCAAAACCAUUAUAUUCUUUAUUUUUACUGGAUAAAAAACGUUAUUUGAAAUUCAAAUUGUAUUAUUGUUAAAUGGUUAACACGUUAAAAAUUAAAUACUUAUAAUCUUUUAGGAGAAGAUUAGGAAAUUUUCGGAGGCCUUAUUAUGUUGUUUAUGUAAUAACAUCGCAAUUCCUUUAUGUUUAUAUAAUCAUAUUAUUAUAUAAUAUUCUGUGUUUAAACAAUAUACAUAUAUGAUUUUUUACUUAUUCAAUAAAAUUUGAUACUUUCAUAAAAUAAAAAUA